CACGGCUGUAGUAACCGUCUAGUCUGGAGGGGAUGAUGCACGUCCAUGUAUAUAUUGUAUUAUAUCUAUUCGAGUUCCUCCGCCUUUAAAGUAACUUUGCACACGAUCUCACAAUGUCACAACUUAAAUCCUAUGCCUACCCCGGAAUCGGUGAAUGGGCGCAAAAGAACCUCUCAUACAGUCAAGCAAUCCGUGUCGGCAAUCGAAUCGUCUGCGCCGGUCAGGGUGGCUGGGACCCCAACCCUGAAGUAAUUGACCUAUCGACGCUCAUUAAAGAGGAUCUCAUGGAAGAGAUUGAUCAAGCGUUUUCGAACGUUGACAACAACCUCAAGCAUGCUGGUGGGAAAGGCUGGGAGCAAGUUUACAAAGUCGUCACCUACAGUACAGACAUAAAGUCCCAGCACACUCGAAUUGUUGAGAACCUUAGAAAGUGGAUGCCAAAUCAUACCGCUGUAUGGACGGAGGUUGGCGUCUCUCACCUAGGAGCCGAUGUUGCGCAUUUUGAGAUCGAGGUUGAGGCUUUCGAUGAAGAAGGGGCUGAGGAGCUUUCGAAGACAAAAGCGAGAGCAGCUUAAUUAAGAACGGGGCAUUGUAUUCUGGAAAAUCACGACAAGCUUGUUUCACUAUUGGUGAAGAGAUUAUUUUGAGAAUCUUUCAACUUGGGUAUCUCAGCAAGAUGAAUGUCACGGCACUGACGAAUUGCUUUAAUGUAAUGUGCCAGCUGCCUGUACUGGCGGCAGUAAGACAGGGCCAUGCAUGACAGACAAAAUAUCACAUGAUCCAUUUACCAAUGCAGAUUGACGACCAGAUGAAUGUGCCUCGUAUUGCGUUGGUGGCUCUCCUGUUGAAUAUAACCAUAAAUACUCCCU